UAGUUUAGUGUCAAGUUCAAUGUAGUAUUAACACUUGACACACUCCGAAAAAAAUCUUCAUUAUCAAUACAAGUAUCACCUUAACUACAGCAACAUAUCAAACAGCAAUAAAAAAUGACACUAAAGGUUACAAAACUAGCGCUUGCGAGCCGUCUCAUUGUACUGGGCGUGCAACUGUUGGCCAACAUCAUAGUGCCGGAUCAUAAGCCCGAUGUGUUUAGAAUGCCGACGCCCAACUAUACCACAGGCUCUGUACCACUGCUAGAUAAGCUGGUGCAGUACUCUUUGGGCGGUCUGCGGCAUUGGGAUGGCGAAUACUUCUUACAUAUAGCCAACUAUCUGUAUACAUACGAGAACACACUGGCCUUUUACCCCCUCUACCCAGUUGUGGUGCGAUACGUGGCACUCGCUUGCUAUUCACUCAGAAUGCCACUAUCACUGUACUCACUUACAUUUGUCGUGGCUGUCGUGCUGAAUGUGUGGCUCUUCUGUGAGGCGGCUAACAUGCUCUACCAGCUUACGCAAUGCGUCUUCAAUGAUCUAAACAAAAGCUGGCAUGCGGCGCUUGUCUUCUGCUUCAAUCCUGCAAGUAUUUUCUUCAGCGCCAUUUACUCGGAGUCGCUUUUUGCGUACGCCAGCUUUAUGCUCAUGCUGGAGUGCGUCAAGCCCAAGCAGGAGUUCAAGUAUCUACGCAUUUGUCUUAGCCUGACCGCCUGCCUCACAUGCCGCUCCAAUGGCCUGGUAGCGCUUGGCUUUCCUCUAUACUUCUUUGUGCGCCGCCUUGUGCUCAGCUGCCAUCCCAGGCGUCGUCGACAGAUCAUGAAGAUGUCAAUGGCCAUAUUGAUUCCUCUAGUCAUUUUACAUACGUAUUACUUCUAUAUAUACCGACUGUACUGCAUUCCCAGCAAGAAGUUGAAGCAUCCGCAGAAUAUUCAGGACUAUGCCAGCGAACGCAAGUAUCUACUGUCGGGAAAAGGACCACUUGAAUCUCCCUGGUGCCAGUAUACAUUGCCAUUUCCAUACAGCUAUGUACAAUCCAACUAUUGGGAUGUGGGAUUCCUGCGUUACUAUCAGUGGAAGCAGUUUCCCAAUUUCAUGCUCGCCCUACCCAUGUUGGUCUUCAUGCACUGGCAUUGCUAUAACUAUCUUCGUCAGCUAAUCACCAAGAUCUGGCCACAAGCAGCCGCCUGGCGGGACGUGCUUAAAGCACAGAAGGCAUUACCAUUUGUACUGCACGGCACCUUCCUAACUCUUGUAUGUGCACUCUUCGUACACAUCCAGGUGUCGACGCGUUUAUUGGCAUCAGCCACGCCAAUAUUCUAUUGGUUUGCCGCGGAUUACUUGCCCAAGCCGCUGGCUUUGCUCUCAUUGCGUUCUAAGGCAGGUGCUCUAUUCGUUUGGUGCAUUUUGUAUGGCGCUUGCGGCACGGUUCUGUUUAGCAACAACUUUCCCUGGACAUAAAUUCAAUGUGGAUUGGCCAAAGCUUGUAUUAUAGCCAAAGAGACUGCACGUCCGUUAGUGUUAGAUAUUAGUACGUAAAUAAUUUUACAUACAUGCGCUUAAAGCCAUGUGUUGACCACCAAAAUGUAAUAAUCCUACACCGUAAAUUGAAAAUUGAAUAAAUGUUUGGA